GUUGAACCAAGCACAAAGUUAUUUCCUGCUGUAUUUGCUCAAGCUACAAGCCCAAAUGUUUUCCAGUUCGAAUUGGGAAGAAUAAAGAAUGUAAUGCCAUUAUCUGCUGGCUUAUUCAAAAGUGAACACAAAAACCCAGUCUCUCAAUGUCCUCCACGUCUCCAUGUCCAAUUUCUGACUCAUGUGCUUUGGAGCAGAGUGCCAAACCACUUCUUGAAGGUUGACGUGUCUCGGAUUAGCGAACGUCAAGGCUGGAUGAUACAGUGCCUGAAUCCACUGCAGUUCAUGGCCCUUCAUAUUCCUGAAGAAAACAGAACAAUCGAUAUUUUAGAGCUGACAGAACAAGAAGAACUGCUGAAAUUUCACUACCAUACCCUCCGAUUAUAUUCAGCUGUUUGUGCCUUAGGCAACAACCGAGUGGCGCAUGCUAUGUGUAGCCAUGUGGAUGAAUCUCAGCUCCUGUAUGCUAUUGAGAAUAAGUAUAUGCCAGGAUUAUUACGUGCAGGAUAUUAUGACUUACUCAUUGACAUCCAUCUCAAUACCUAUGCAACUGCCAGGUUAAUGAUGAAUAAUGAAUUUAUAGUUCCAAUGACAGAUGAGACCAAGAGUAUUACUUUGUUUCCUGAUGAAAACAAAAAACAUGGCCUCCCUGGCAUAGGACUUAGCACUUCAUUAAGGCCAAGAAUGCAGUUCUCUUCUCCGAGUUUUGUAAGCAUUAGCAGUGAAUGCUUUCAGUUCAGUCCUGAAUUUCCUCUGGAAAUCUUGAAGUCCAAAACCAUAGAGAUGCUGACUGAAGCUGUUCAGGAGGGCAGCCUCCAUGUCAGAGAUCCAGUUGGAGGUUCUACAGAAUUUCUAUUUGUCCCUCUCAUCAAGCUCUUUUAUACCCUCCUAAUUAUGGGAAUUUUCCACAAUGGGGAUCUGAAACACAUUUUGCAGUUGAUUGAGCCCCGGGUUUUCAAAGAAGCGGUGAGCCAGGAGGAUGAAAUUGAUUUCUCAGAGAAGGAGCUGAGUUCAGAUGAGCUCAAGUCAGAAGAAGGAGAGGAAGAAACCAGAGGGGAGCAAGUGCCAAAGGAAGGACUCCUUCAGAUGAAACUUCCAGAGCCUGUUAAAUUACAGAUGUGUCAUCUACUCCAGUACCUGUGUGAUUGCCAAGUACGACACCGAAUAGAAGCCAUUGUAGCAUUUUCAGAUGAUUUUGUGGCCAAGCUUCAAGAGAAUCAACGCUUCCGGUACAAUGAAGUGAUGCAGGCCUUGAACAUGUCUGCUGCCCUGACGGCUAGAAAAACAAAAGAAUUUCGAUCCCCGCCUCAGGAGCAGAUUAACAUGCUGCUGAACUUUAAAGAUGAUAAAAAUGAUUGUCCUUGCCCUGAAGAAAUUCGGGAUCAACUCUUGGAUUUCCAUGAAGACCUAAUGACACACUGUGGAAUUGAACUAGAUGAAGAUGGAACCUUGGAUGGAAACAGUGAUUUAACCAUUAGGGGUCGCCUCCUAUACCUUAUGGAAAAAGUUACAUAUCUGAAGAAGAAGCAAGCUGAGAAGCCAGUUGAUGAUGAUGCUAAGACAUCCUCUACUCUUCAGCAGUUGAUUUCAGACACAAUGGUACGCUGGGCUCAGGAAUCAGUGAUAGAAGACCCGGAGUUAGUGAGGGCCAUGUUUGUAUUGCUACAUCGUCAAUAUGAUGGUAUUGGUGGCCUGGUUCGAGCCCUACCAAAGACCUACACCAUAAAUAGUGUGUCUGUGGAAGACACAAUCAAUCUUCUGGCAUCCCUCGGCCAAAUCCGUUCCUUGCUUAGUGUCAGAAUGGGGAAGGAGGAAGAGAAACUUAUGAUUCGUGGAUUAGGAGACAUCAUGAAUAAUAAAGUAUUUUACCAACAUCCAAAUCUCAUGAGAGCUUUAGGCAUGCAUGAAACUGUCAUGGAAGUGAUGGUAAACGUGCUUGGUGGAGGAGAAUCCAAGGAAAUCACUUUCCCAAAGAUGGUGGCAAACUGCUGUCGUUUUCUAUGUUAUUUUUGCCGCAUCAGCAGGCAGAAUCAAAAAGCUAUGUUUGAUCAUCUUAGCUAUUUACUGGAAAACAGCAGUGUUGGCCUUGCCUCUCCUUCUAUGCGAGGAUCAACUCCUCUAGAUGUUGCAGCAGCCUCUGUGAUGGAUAACAAUGAACUUGCACUAGCUUUAAGGGAGCCUGAUCUGGAGAAGGUUGUUCGCUACUUGGCUGGAUGUGGAUUGCAGAGUUGUCCUUUGUUGAUUUCUAAAGGCUACCCAGACAUCGGAUGGAAUCCAGUUGAAGGAGAGCGAUACUUGGAUUUUCUUCGUUUUGCUGUAUUUUGCAAUGGAGAGAGUGUGGAGGAGAAUGCUAAUGUUGUAGUCAGACUGCUUAUCCGUCGACCUGAAUGUUUUGGUCCAGCUCUAAGAGGAGAAGGAGGCAAUGGGUUACUUGCUGCCAUGGAGGAAGCAAUACAAAUAUCAGAAGAUCCAACAAGAGAUGGGCCUUCCCCAAGUAAUGGAUCCAGUAAAACCCUUGAAAUGGAAGAACAAGAAGAUGACACUAUUCACAUGGGAAAUGCAAUCAUGACCUUUUAUGCUGCUUUGAUUGAUCUCUUAGGACGUUGUGCCCCUGAAAUGCAUCUAAUCCAUGCUGGUAAAGGGGAAGCCAUUAGAAUCAGAUCAAUUCUACGGUCUUUGAUUCCAUUGGAAGAUUUGGUGGGAGUAAUUAGUAUUCCUUUCCACAUGCCAACCAUAGCUAAAGAUGGUACUGUGGUGGAACCUGACAUGUCUGCGGGGUUUUGCCCAGAUCACAAGGCAGCCAUGGUUUUGUUCCUUGACAGGGUCUAUGGAAUUGAGGACCAGGAUUUUCUUCUACACCUUCUUGAAGUGGGCUUUCUGCCAGAUCUUCGUGCUGCUGCUUCUUUAGAUACGGCUGCUUUAAGUGCUACGGAUAUGGCUUUGGCUCUGAAUCGAUACCUUUGCACAGCAGUCUUGCCUCUGUUGACCAGAUGUGCUCCUCUGUUUGCUGGCACAGAGCACCAUGCUUCCCUCAUCGAUUCCUUAUUACAUACUGUGUACAGACUCUCAAAGGGCUGCUCUCUUACCAAAGCUCAGCGAGAUUCUAUUGAAGAGUGUUUGCUGUCUAUCUGUGGGCAGUUGCGGCCUUCCAUGAUGCAGCAUUUGCUGAGAAGAUUAGUAUUUGAUGUUCCUCUAUUAAAUGAACAUGCAAAGAUGCCUCUCAAGUUGCUGACAAAUCAUUAUGAAAGAUGCUGGAAGUACUAUUGUUUGCCAGGUGGAUGGGGUAACUUUGGUGCUGCCUCAGAAGAAGAACUUCAUUUAUCCAGAAAGUUGUUCUGGGGUAUUUUUGAUGCUUUGUCUCAAAAGAAGUAUGAACAAGAACUGUUCAAAUUGGCUUUGCCUUGUUUGAGCGCAGUUGCAGGGGCCUUACCUCCAGACUAUAUGGAAUCAAAUUAUGUCAAUAUGAUGGAAAAACAGUCUUCAAUGGAUUCAGAUGGGAACUUUAAUCCUCAACCUGUUGAUACAUCAAACAUUACAAUCCCUGAAAAGCUAGAAUAUUUCAUUAACAAAUAUGCAGAACACUCUCAUGACAAAUGGUCAAUGGAAAAGUUUGCCAAUGGAUGGACAUAUGGUGAAACGUAUUCUGAAUCUGCAAAAGUGCAACCAUUAAUGAAACAAUAUAAGUUACUAUCUGAAAAGGAGAAAGAAAUUUAUCGAUGGCCAAUCAAAGAAUCACUAAAAACUAUGCUGGCAUGGGGAUGGCGAAUUGAAAGAACACGGGAGGGAGAUUCCAUGGCACUGUAUAAUCGGACGCGUCGCAUAUCUCAAACCAGUCAAAUCUCUGUAGAUACAGCCCAUGGUUACACUCCUCGAGCAAUUGACAUGAGCAAUGUCACCCUCUCCAGAGACUUACAUGCUAUGGCUGAGAUGAUGGCUGAAAACUACCAUAACAUAUGGGCAAAGAAAAAGAAAAUGGAGCUUGAAGCAAAAGGAGGAGGCAACCAUCCUCUUCUUGUUCCUUAUGAUACACUCACAGCCAAAGAAAAAGCCAAGGACAGAGAAAAAGCACAGGAUAUUCUGAAAUUUCUACAGAUUAAUGGAUAUGUUGUCUCCAGAGGACUUAAAGACCUGGAAUUAGACACACCUUCCAUUGAGAAACGCUUUGCCUACAGUUUCCUUCAGCAACUUAUAAGAUAUGUGGAUGAAGCCCAUCAGUACAUUCUGGAGUUUGAUGGUGGCAGCAGAGGCAAAGGAGAGCACUUCCCAUAUGAACAAGAAAUCAAGUUUUUUGCCAAAGUUGUGCUCCCUUUGAUUGAUCAGUAUUUUAAAAAUCAUCGCCUGUAUUUCUUAUCUGCAGCAAGUAGGCCUCUCAGCAGUGGAGGUCAUGCCUCUAAUAAAGAGAAAGAAAUGGUGACAAGCCUGUUCUGCAAACUUGGAGUUCUUGUCAGGCAUAGGAUUUCACUGUUUGGAAAUGAUGCAACAUCAAUAGUCAACUGUCUUCACAUACUGGGCCAGACCUUGGAUGCGAGGACUGUGAUGAAAACUGGCCUGGAAUCUGUUAAGAUGGCAUUGAGAGCAUUUUUGGACAACGCUGCUGAGGAUCUCGAGAAAACAAUGGAAAAUCUUAAGCAAGGCCAGUUUACACACAGCAGAAACCAACCAAAGGGAGUUACACAAAUCAUUAAUUACACCACAGUUGCUCUCCUGCCCGUGCUAUCUUCAUUAUUUGAGCAUAUUGGACAACACCAGUUUGGGGAAGAUUUGAUAUUGGAAGAUGUUCAGGUGUCCUGUUACAGGAUAUUGGCCAGUUUAUAUGCUCUGGGAACCAGCAAGAGUAUCUAUGUAGAGCGGCAACGAUCAGCACUAGGAGAAUGCCUGGCCGCUUUCUCAGGUGCCUUUCCAGUGGCUUUUUUGGAAACUCAUUUGAACAAACAUAAUAUCUACUCAAUUUACAAUACCAAGAAUGCAAGAGACAGAGCAGUUCUCAGUUUGCCUGCUAGUGUAGAAGAGGUUUGCCCAAAUAUUCCUUCCUUGGUGAAGCUAAUGGAAGAAAUUGUGGAACUGGCAGAGUCUGGUAUUCGUUACACACAAAUGCCACAUAUCAUGGAAGUAAUACUGCCUAUGCUAUGUAGUUAUAUGUCACACUGGUGGGAGCAUGGGCCAGAAAACAACCCUGACAAGGCCGAAAUGUGCUGCACAGCCUUGACGUCAGAGCACAUGAACACUCUGUUGGGUAACAUACUGAAAAUCAUCUACAAUAACCUUGGUAUUGAUGAAGGAGCCUGGAUGAAGAGAUUAGCAGUGUUUUCCCAGCCCAUCAUAAGCAAAGCGAAGCCACAGCUCUUAAAGACACACUUCCUGCCACUGAUGGAUAAGCUAAAGAAAAAAGCAGCAGUGGUUGUAUCGGAUGAAGAACAUCUAAGAGCAGAAGGCAGAGGUGACAUGUCGGAGGCUGAACUGCUCAUCCUAGAUGAGUUCACCACUUUGGCACGGGACCUCUAUGCCUUCUACCCUUUGUUGAUUAGAUUUGUGGACUAUAACAGGGCAAAGUGGCUGAAAGAGCCCAACCCUGAAGCGGAAGAAUUGUUCCGCAUGGUGGCUGAGGUCUUCAUUUACUGGUCAAAGUCUCAUAAUUUUAAAAGGGAAGAGCAGAACUUUGUGGUACAAAAUGAAAUCAACAACAUGUCUUUCCUUAUCAGUGACACCAAAUCUAAGAUGUCCAAGGCAGCAGUUUCUGACCAGGAGAGGAAGAAGAUGAAGCGAAAAGGUGACCGGUACUCUAUGCAGACCUCUCUCAUUGUGGCAGCACUGAAGAGAUUACUUCCCAUUGGCCUAAACAUUUGUGCUCCUGGAGACCAAGAGCUCAUUGCACUGGCCAAAACUCGAUUCAGUAUGAAAGAUACUGAAGAUGAAGUACGAGAUACCAUCCGCAGUAAUCUUCAUCUCCAGGGCAAGCUUGAGGAUCCCGCCAUUAGGUGGCAGAUGGCACUUUACAAAGAUUUACCAAACAGGACUGAAGAUUCCUCAGAUCCAGAGAAGACUGUGGAAAGGGUCCUUGAUAUAGCUAAUGUACUGUUUCACCUGGAACAGGUUGAGCAUCCUCAGCGGUCCAAAAAAGCAGUGUGGCAUAAGCUGCUAUCUAAACAGAGGAAAAGAGCAGUAGUUGCCUGCUUUAGAAUGGCACCUUUGUAUAAUCUGCCAAGGUAA